AUGUUAAAUGACACAAUAACGAUGCUAAAUCAAGAACAACAAGAGCAACAAGAAUAUCAACAACAGGAUCAACAAGAACUACAGGAUCAGCAAGAAUAUAAAGAAGAACAAGAACAUAAAGAAGAACAGGAAUAUCAACAACAGGAUCAACAACAACAACCAGAACAAAUCUAUGAUAUGAGAUCCAGAUCUCAAGAUUUAGUUUGGACAGACCACGAAUAUACCAUGUUACAAUUGCAACAGCAGCCGCAACAACAGCAACAGAUUACAGAUCAGUUAUCGUCAAAACGACAGGAUUUUAAUACAAUUCAAAACGAUAACGAGAUUAUUCAACAACAACACUAUAGUGAACUCCCAAUCUUGGAAAAUAUAGACCGUCACCUAACAUUGCCACCACCACAACAACAACAUGGAUCUCAAAUCACCACUGAAGGAGAAGCUGUUUUACAGCUGCAACAACAGCAACAACAAGAAGAUUAUCAUAACUAUGAUAAUCAUCAACAGCAAUAUUACCCAGACGCAUUAGCGUUAGAAGUGUCAGAAGUUGAAAACAAUUUGAAUAAGAAUAUAUGUGAACGAACAUUUUUUGAAAAAAGUGUAUUAUCUAAAAUUCAAGAAGACUUGGAUAAGAUACUAAGAGACACGAGAGAUGAACACAGUAUCUUUAUUUCAUUUAGAGAUGUUGUGUCCUAUGAUAAUAACAAAUUGGUAUCAACAGUGUAUGUAUAUUCUACUUCUUCUAAUAUGUAUCAAGUACAGAAUAUAGAGCCAAAUAUAGAUACAUUUAUAUAUAGACAACCAUGGACUGUAAAGAAAAUGAUGGUCGAAAUUUUAGAUAUUAUGAACAAUAUGAUGAGUCUUAGGGAAUAUGGUCCUUCGCAGAGGAUUGUUGUAAAUUUUAAAAGAGAUAUAGAUCGUCUAUUUUCUUAUAGAAUAAGAAUAGAAUUAGACCCUGAUCAAACACAACAUGAAACCCACAACAACACGGACCAUCGUCCGCCCAAACAACAGGCGGAUCCAAGGUUUUUAUCAGAGCAUGGGACCGAGAACUCGAUCCAUCAUCCUCCAUGUCGGCAACGGCAGCAGCAGGAAGAGGUCAAUUGCAACUACCAUAUGAUUCCUCACCAAGUUUAUUGA